AAUCACUUCAACUUCCUCAACUCUUUCGAGUCGUACAGAUAGCUAGGUUCUCGACAUCAUGGUGGCUCAGCCUUCCAAUUUCAAACGAUUCGUCGAGGUCGGUCGAGUAGUCCUCGUCAACGAAGGCCCAUCAGCCGGCAAGCUUGCCGUGAUUGUCGAGAUCAUUGACCACAACCGGGCGCUCAUUGAUGGCCCCACCACAUCCGUCCCUAGACAACCUUUUUCCUAUCGCAACCUCAUCCUCACUCCCUACACCCUAGCCCGUCUGCCCCGCGGUGCUGGUUCCGGCCCUGUCAAGAAGGCUAUCGAGAAGGCGGGCGUCAUGGAGAAGUGGGAGGCCAGCGGAUGGGCGAAGAAACUGGCGGCGAGGCAGUUGCGAACUACGUCCAACGACUUUGACCGAUUCCAAAUUCAGCUUGCCAAGCGUGCUCGUAGGGAUCUGGUCAGCAAGGCCUUCGUCAAGGAGAAGAAGGCUGCGGCUUGAGUAGAUGUAGUGUAGAGCUUUAGGUUAUGACAUCCAACUCGCAAAUCACGAGUCAGUGUCGCCUUGCGAAG